CUUUUCCUUUUUUUUUUGUUCCCAUGUUAAAACGGGCUACUUUCGACGCGAUGUUGGCCAUCAUCAUCACCAUCACCGCCAUCAUCGUGUUUUAAGAGAGUUUGGGAGUUGGUUUAACUUUGGAUGUUAGAUCUCCGAGCGCAGACGGUGUCCAGCAACGCUUUGAAGGAUCGCAUGGGCUUUUAUUUAUUUCCGGCGUAAGAGUAAAGUUUUUUUGGGGGGGAGGGGGGUUCAAAGAAGAGGAUGAAAUAUGAAAUAUAGCGCCGCUUGGAGAGCCGAGAAGCCGCAUAUGCGUCGGAGGGCUUUGAUACGUCCGAGCUGUCGUCGCAAUCGCGCUCUUUUCGUUAGCGCGUCUUCUGCCACCCCACGGCCUAAACCCGAAUGAAGUGCGGCAGCGGCGCGCCGUCACCCCGGCCGGAAAUGCCCCUACAAGGGCACAACAUCUGGACUAUUCCUACACAUUCGUCGAAGCAAUUCGUCUCUCAGGCGAGGGAACCGUGCAAAAGUGUGCGGGUGAUCGAUUUAAAAAAAAAAAAAAAACCCAUCGAUACAGCCCUCUUCUUCUGCAGCGGCGAGCUCACGUAGGACCCAGAUGUUGAAGGUUCACUUAAAGCAGCUGGGCCAGUUCGUUGAUUUAGAGUAAACGUCGCGUCUUUGACAAGAGAGAUAACACCCUACACGAAACGCCACCCCGUCGACGGGUUAGGUUUGGGAGCUAGGAGGUAGCGUUUAGGGAAACCCUGUGUGGGAGUGAACGGGGGUGUGUUUGACAGCAGAUGGGGCCAUGCCGUUAAUGGAGAAAAGAAAGCCGCAAUGUUGAUCCUGGCCGGAAUCGUUGUUCUGCACAUUACCACCAUCAUCCUCCUGCUGGUGGCCACCAUUGAUAAUGCCUGGUGGAUGACAGGGACGGUAUCCACUGACUUGUGGGGGAGAUGGGAGCUGCGAGGCUCAGCCUGGCAUUACACCAACCUGAAAGACUACCCUGAAGACUUGCUUCAGGCAGUGCAGGCCACCUCUGUGCUGGCCUGUAUUUUUGCCAUCCUGGCCCUCUUCGUGUUUGUGGCCCAGCUGUUCACCCUGGCAAAGGGCCAGAGGUUUACCUUCUCUGGAGUGAUGCAGUUUAUUUCUUGUCUGUGCAUAAUGAUUGCAGCCUCAAUCUACACGUCAGACUUUCACAAGGGGGAGACAGAGGGAGGGUAUGGACACUCCUUUGUCCUGGCCUGGAUCUCUUUUGUCCUCUCCUUUCUUCUGGCCAUCAUCUACCUCGUCUUGCGGAAGAAGAGCGAGUAAAGGGAUGGCAGAGCGGAAGCAAGAUUGCUGUCUGUUAGAAUUCAGUAGAUUCAAGAACAGCACUUUCUUCAAAAUUUAAAAAAAUGGAAAGGAAAAAAAAAAAAGAAAACACCCGCCGAGGUUCUGGCGCAAUAUCGGAGACAGGACAAUUUGGAAAAACGUUUAGUCACUAACAAUGCGGUUUUUCAUGCACAGCGUUGAGAUCCUAAAUUAAAAGCGAACCCUUAAGGAAGGGAUAAAAUAGAAGAGGUUGACAGGGGGAACAGCUUUGAAUUUAAAAGAUGAGGGAUGAACGAAGGGAAGGAUAGGGAGUGAAACUGGGGUUGCCGAUAAAAGACUCUAUACCUUAUGGGAGGGGUAGUAGCAUCAUUGUAAUGCCUUAUGGGAGGGGUAGUAGCAUCAUUGUAAUGCCUUAUGGGAGGGGUAGUAGCAUCAUUGUAAUGUCAGUAAAUCAGUUUUUAUCAGCUUUGCUGUGCAACACAGAAGGUUGGUAUACACAUAUCUGUCGCUAACAUCUUGGAGAAUUUGUUUUGAGGAGAGAAGCAGUAGUCCGAUAAAAGCCCCUUGGGGGAUGUAGUAUUCAAGAACAGUUUUAGCUCACCAUACACUGCAACCCUCACACAAAAACUUUUUAUUAACGGAGUUCGCUACAUCUUUCCAAUGGGAGAACAUAGGGGGGUUGAUAAUACUGUAUUUCCCAAAAUAUGACUUGUUGAAAUAUAUUACAACAUUCCUGUUGCAGUACUUGAACAAUCAGGAAACACAAGCCUUAUUAGUACUAGUGAUUUUAAUCCGUUCUAUGAAUAUUUUAUAAUGGAAGUAUGUUGUAACCAUUUUUGUUUUUGUUAUCUGUGUACAUCAUAACCAUUGUAUUUUUGUAUCAUUUUGUAUUCUGAGUGAUUUUUUUUUUUUAACCAUGUUGGAUCAUGUUUUUAUACUUGGCUGCUAUCAUAUUAAAGUACAUGCAAUUUGUACAAGUGAACAUUAAGUAAACCAGGGAUGGAGGACGAUGGUGUCACAAUCACCAUAAUUCAGAACUAUGCAGUGGAAGGGUUUGUAAUUACAUUGGAAGCCAUUUCAUUUAUUAAAAUAAACACAUGAACAAAAGAAGAAUGACAUGAACUCAAUUAAACUGUUGGAAAUAAAUAGGUAUUUCUGCAAGACACAACUCAAUCCAGUAGUUUGCAUGUGUAGCCAUCAAAACCACGAUUGGUCCAGUUCUGUAGCAUUCACUAAAGUACACCACGUUUCUAGAAUUAAGCUACAAGUUACCUUCCGAGGCAAAUUUCCUACAUCAGUGUACUGUAUGGAAGCUCCUGAGAAGAACUGCCAAAAAUACUCAAGAUCUGUGCAUGAUAACUUAUUAAGGACAAAAUAUUUUUGCACUUACGGCAAGUUUACUACACGUUGAUACUGGAUGAAGCACUUUUUCAGGCCUUACAACAGACCUAUCCUAAGACAAAAAUGUUCCAUUAUGCUUCAUUCC